UUGCUUCAGUGUCAGAGAUUAUUCUAAUUGAAGAUGAUAACACUGCUGAGACUACUCUCUCUCACUCUCAAGCUUCUCUCAGUGCUUUCUCUCUCUCUUCUACAGAGAAGAUUGUGUGUAUAUCAGAUUAUAAGUAUUCAGCUCUGAGUGACUUCUGCUGUUAUUUAUCUGAUUCUGUGUCUUCUUCUUCUUUCAUUUCUUUCACUUCUAUCUUCUCUGUCUUGACUUCUGAUUCUGCAGAUUCUGCACUUUUCUUCAAUUUUUCUACACACAUGCAUACACAUUUCUAUAUUGACAUUUCAGUCAAUCUU